CCAAGUGUUGUUUUCUUAGCAACGCUUGUUUAUUUUGAUAAUAUUGUUUGUGUAUCAUUUAAUUUUGUUGCUAUCGAUUCACAGAAAAUUAUAAUUAGUAUACCUACAAGAAAGAAAUAAACCGUAGCGCAAAAUGCCACCUAAAGGAGGGAAAGGUGGUGGCAAAAAGGCCACUGCCAUCAUCAUAGAUGGGGUAGAUACAUCAGAAAUGAACCGGGAGAAGCUGGAACAAUUCACAUUGAAAGUCAAAGAAGAACUAGACAAGGAGAGAGAAGAGAGAAACUACUUCCAAUUAGAAAGAGACAAAAUACGCACGUUCUGGGAAAUAACUAGGCAACAGCUAGAGGAAGCUAAAGCUGAAUUGAGGAACAGAGAAAGAGCUACAGAAGAAGCUCAAGAAGAGAAUGAGGCUCUGCUGGAAACGGAAAAGCAGAAAAUCAAGCAUUUGAAAUAUGAGCAGCAGGCUGCUUGCGCUGCUUUGAGGGCAGAGAACUUGGUAGCAUUGAAAGCUGCGAAAGAAGAACAUCAAGAACAAGAAUUGGAACUCCUAAACGACAAGAGAGCUCUACGUCAAGAAAUGAGAGAGAAAACGUUGGCAGCCCAAGACGAGCUGAGGAGAGCAAAGUUGAUCCAUGCGGAGGAACUAUCAAAAACUAGGUCUAUAUUCGAAGAGAAAGCUCGUCAAAUCGAAGAUAAAGCAGAGAAGAAACUACAGGAGACCAAGAUAGAGUUAACAGUCAAGCAUAGAACAGAAAUAAGUGAAGUGGAGGAGAGGAAGAACAAGCAGCUGUCGGAACUGAUCGCGCAGCACGAGCGAGCCUUCUCGGAUCUGAAGAAUUAUUACAACGACAUCACUUUGAAUAACUUGGGUCUUAUAAGCAGCUUGAAACAGCAAAUGGAGGACAUGCAGAAAGCAAAAGAACGAGCCGAGAAGGUAGCAAAGGACGCUGUGGCUGAAUCGAAGAGUUUGAGGGAACCUCUAGAAGCAGCCAUCGUUGAUAAUAAAGAACUGAAGAGGCAGAUGUCCAACUAUGAUAGGGAUAAAGCUGCUUUGGCUGCGAAAACAAAGCAACUGGCGUCAUUGGAACAGCAGUUCGAAGUGCUGAAAUGGGAAUACGAGGUGCUGCAAGUCAGAUUCGACCGUAUCCUGAAGGAAAGAGACGAACUGAAAUCGAGGUUCUCUAGAGCUGUUCUAGAAGUACAACAAAGGGCGUCCUUGAAAACCGCGCUCCUUGAAGCGAAGCUGAAAAGUCUUCAAGGUCGUGACUUGAAUCCCAGGGAAAUUCAUGAACUGUUAAAAAUGAAAGACAACCAAGUAGAGGAUUUGCGGUACGAAGCUGCCCGCCUCAGGAAAGCUCACGACGAUCUUCUAGCCACUUACGAAGCCAAGUUGACCAAGCUGGGUGUUCCACUCGAAGAACUGGGAUUCAAGCCACUAAAAGCUGUCGCCGUGGCAGGUGUGUCUCCAGUGAUUGGUCAGGGUCCAGCAGGAUUGGUUGCAAAGGAUCAGAUUUAGGCACAGCGCACACCGGCUAAGUGGAGAAGAGCCGACACCGCGGCUUCUUUUUUAGGUGUCCCUACUUGAAGACUCCGCUGUCCGUCUGUCCGUCCGUCUGUUUAUCAGCAGGUUGUAUCUCGUAAACUAUAAGUAGAGAACUGCAAUUUUCACAAAAUGUGUACCAACUUUUAUUGUCGCUAUACCAACAAAUAGAAAAAAAUUAAAAUUGCCGUCUUGAAAAUCUAAAAAACUCAGUGUUAUUUGGUUCAACGAUCGCCUACACUGAAGAAACGCUAGCGUAAAAAAUCGUGGCUCUAAAAGGUCCAGAUUCGAAUUUUCCAUGUUUUUCUCUUAUUUAUCAUUAUUUUGUUAUACUUACCUUUUCAUGUAUACAAAUUAUUAUUAGAUUAAGAUUAUG